AGUGAUAAUAAAUGGACCAAAUAUCUUCUAGAAGCUAAUGAUAAACGUCGCAAAUAUUCUAGACCUGGACGGACCAUUUUUAUUCGAGAGAAUACUAGUUUUUUACGAAUUCUGCCACAACAUUCAACUCUUCCUAACAAAACUAAUAUGAAUAAUACGAAUGAUGUUUAUUUACUACUUAAAUUAGCUGGGAUAGAUAAUGAUUUUAAUAAUAAAGUUUUUGUACCUUUGAUUUCUAGUUAUCGCAUUUAUACAAAAUUGGGAGAAACAUAUUUUAGAUUAGAUUUAGAAUGGUGUGAUAAAGAAAAUACCAUUUUAUAUAGAUGGAACGAUUUUGCAAAUGAUUUUACUUUUACUAAUGUACAACAAUGGCAUGUAGCACAUGAUAAUCUAACUAGUUUACAAUUACAUAUUACAAAUACACCACGUAUCAAAUACUCUGGAACAAUAUCAGUACCAUUUUUAUUAGGAUUAACUUGCAAAGAAAAUGUAGAAUGGCUUAGAGGGUUUGUUUCACAACAUAUUUCAAACUUCUUUCAAUUAGAAAGAACAUUCUUUUCUGCUGAAUGUCAAUGUGAUAAUGUUCUUAAACAAGCAAAACGAAAAGCUAAAGAAUUGCGAGAGGAUUUAUAUUUUGAAGAUCCUUAUAAUAAAGGAAUUAUUAGAGAGGGAUUACCUAUUGUAGCUGACGGAUGGCAGGGAUCAAAUGAGACAAUACAAGCUUUAGGUGUCAAAUUAAUAGAAUCACAAAACCAGGUGUCUGAAACAAAAAAUGAGUUGAAAGUAACUAAAAAACGUCUACGUCGAUCAUUAGAAAUCAUUCAUAGACUAAGAACUCAAAUAGAGGAUGAAUCCGACUUUACAAG